AUGUCGGGAAGACGUAAUGGCAAUCGCAUUCGCGGCCCACAAUCUGCCUUGACCGAUUUCCUGUCUUCACACAACAUCUCGGCUCAACAGAUUCGUGAUGACUACGAACGCCGCGUGCGCGAAGCAGCUCAGCAAGAAAACGCUGGUGAAGGCACCUCGAACGCACCACCUCCAAACGAUCCAGACGCCGAAGCCGCUGCCGCAUUAGCUGCAGAGGAAGCCGCAGAUGCUGCCGUCGAGAAGUCCAAGAAGAGAAAGAGAAAGGAAGCAGCUGCUAUUGAGAAGAUCAAGAAGGCAAAGGGUGCCAAAGGUGGAAAGAAAAAGAAGAAGCCCGCCAACAGCGACGAUGAGGAUGAUGAGGACUUCGACAUUGGUAACGCCAUGUACGUGAAAGCUCCUCCUAUGCCCGGUCAAUUCGAGAAUUGCGAAAUCUGCAGCAAGCGUUUCACCGUCACACCUUACAGCAAGACUGGUCCUGAUGGAGGUCUGGUCUGUACACCUUGUGGCAAGGAGCUCGCCAAAGAGGGAGAUGCGACAGCAGGAAAGAAGACGAGAAAGGCACCAGCUGGUAGAAAGAGACGGCAGGUGGAGAGCGAGCGCUUGAACGGUAUCGCUGUUGGUGGUGCAAAGUCACUGCAGCAGCUCUGCAUUGAGAAGGUCGCUCAAUAUCAUGAAGAUGUUGACGAGCUGGGCGAACUGCCCGAACCUGUCAUGCUACGCUUGGCCGAGAUCUUCGCAAAGAAGCGCGUCCUGAACCCAAAAACACUCAAGCUCUUCGUGCGACCUGAUUCGGAUGUUGUCUGCAUCCACGAUGCCGCUUACCUCGAGGUCGAGGACUACCAGGGCAUUUGCGCUGUGGCUCCUGGACUCAAGAAGCUCGUCAUUCGAAACGCUUGUCAGCUCAAGGACGAAGCCAUUGAAUACAUGAUGGAGAAGUGCGACUCGAUAAACUUCAUUCAGUUCUAUGCUGCCAACCUGGUGUCUGAUGGGAUGUGGCGCAAGCUCUUCCAGCGAUACGGCAAGCAACUGAGCACAGUCAAGCUCUCAUGGUUGGAUGCCUCAUUCAACGACGACACUGUCCGCGAACUGGUUCAGAACUGCCCAAAUCUCGUCCGCCUCAAGCUCAAGCUCUGCCGCAAGCUCACCGAAGAGUCCAUCAUCGCUCUUGCUGGUCUGACCAAUCUUGAGCGUUUGUCGCUGCAGACUGGUGCCCAGCCAUCGCCCGAGGCUGUCAUCAACCUCGUCAAAUCGGUCGGCCCCAAACUGCGCACGCUUUCCUUUGAAGACUUCCUUGAUCUCGACGAUGCAGUUCUCGCUCAGAUCAAGGAGUCCUGCAACAAGCUGGAAAAAUUCCGUCUACAGAUGAAUGAUGUCGCCAGCGACGCUGCUUACGCCAAUCUCUUCACCAACUGGAAGAACCCACCCCUUACAUUUGCCGACUUCAGCGGAACUCGCGAUGUCGACAACAGCAACCCUCAAGGACCCGAAGAAGCUAUCGGCUUGGCUUCUGCUGGUUUCAAAGCUCUCAUGGCACACUCUGGCUCAGCUCUACGCACUCUCGACAUCGCCUCAUGCCGACACAUCAGUCUGCAAGCUUUCCUAGAUGUUUUCGGCAGCGGUAUCAAGUACCCUAAUCUUGAGACUAUCAACUUGAGCUUCUGCAGUGCUGCUGACACAUCCGUGGUCGCUGGUGUGUUCCAGAGUUGUCCUGCCAUCAAGAAGGUCAUUGCCUUUGGCUGUUUCGAUGUCACUGAUGUCGUUGUCCCUCGAGGUAUUGCUUUGAUCGGUGUACCCAAGGCUCAGGACGCUAUCGAGCAGAUCGGUACUGGCAUCGAUGUCGCUGAAGCUCUGAGCCGCAUGAUUGAUGUCGGUGCUUGA